UGCUAUAUACUAUAGCAAGGCUUUGAUCACAAGUUCCGACUGGGCUCCCUUAGUUACGCUACUGCUUUUGAAGUUUAUCGUAUGUCCUUCUGAUAAACCUUCCUCGAAGCCAGCCCCGCUUGUGAUGCCCAACAAGUUAAUGUAAAAGCCUACUCCACAACACGCGUCCACUCUGAAGUGUUCAGCUGGUCUGUAUGUGCGAGAUGGCAGAGGACCUCCAACGAGUGUUUCUGUGGGGCGCUCCCAGGAGCAUGUCGACAGCGUUUCUGAAGUGUCUGAGUUACGUCGACGGGAUUCAAAUUGUCAAUCAGCCCUACGCUUCUGCGCACUUCGUUGGUCCCUUCGCUGAGCGGUCUCUGCCCAAUCCGAACGACCAGAUUAGCAGAAAGAUUGUAGCGGAAUAUGAUAGGGUACGGAAUGAAUGUGAAAGAUCAGACGUGAGGGGGAUAGCCCCAUCGGUGAUGACACACCAGUGGAUCCGAGAUCAUCUCUUAGAAGCCCCUUACCCUGACAAGAAAGUUCUACUUUGCCGAGACCAAGCCCAAUAUCUACAUGGCAGAUAUGAUAUUCUGCCCCAAGGCUUCAAGUACAGUUUCCUCAUUCGCCAUCCUUGUAAGUUGUUUCUUUCGUUGAAGAAAUACCUCACUGCUACCUUUGGCGAUUUCCCCGACUUGCGGGCUUUGCCCCCAUUAGCUGUCCCUUCUGGAUACGGCAUCAAAGAACUCUUCGAUUUAGUGGAAUACGUCCGAGAGAACAUCGACCCUCAGCCCACCAUAGUGGAUGCCGACGAUCUGCUGCAAGACCCGGCAGGUAUCUUAGCCGCUUACUGCGCCAGGAUGGGUAUGCCGUAUUCAAGCAAGUUGUUGUCUUGGGAAGCAGGUGAUGACAUAACCAGCUCCUGGAUUAUGAGUAGAGAAGUCUCCGUUUCCAGCAGUUCUCAGGGCUUCUACAAGCGUGCUUUUGAGAGUCAGCGAUUUGAGAAACCCACUCCCGUCCCGGAUCUCGGAAGUUUACCGGAAGACGUAAGGGAGUGCGCCCAGUUCAGUAUGGAGUAUUACCAAAGUCUAUACAGUCAGAGAAUCACACCAAGCACAAAUUGAUAGCUCCGAUUGUAAAAAAAAAAAAAUUCUAGGAUUGUCCGCUUUGCUUUCCUCGAAUUUGGGGUUUUUUCUGCAUCUUCUUUCAACGAUUGAGGAACUAGUAUUGCCACCCUUGUAAUAUCCCAGGAAUAAACAACAUAGUUGUUUUAAAGGAGUAAAACAUGCACUUGGGGAUUCAAGACAACAUGCAUGUAGAAUUGUUGAAUGCCCCACUUGUCCUUGGGUUCCCAAGGGGUAUAUACCGAAAGUCUACACAGGCAGAGAAUCACAACAACUACAACUUCUGUUACUAAAAUUUUUUACUGCUAUAGAAUUAUGACUUUUUACUCCAUUUCUUGGUUUUGCGGCAUUUUAGACGAUCGAUGAACUGAAAUCUCCAACCUUGUCGAAGAAUGGUUAUGGGUGAAUAUAGAUAUCAUGCAUGCUACACUUCACGUUGUUUUAAAGGAGAGGAUCAGGAGAGGGAGAGUUUAUUUUCAUGUCGGCGACAAAUGAAAAUCCCAAGUACAUCAAAAUCAUACAUGCCUAGUGAAAUCUGUACAACAAUUAAUUGGAACUAGUGUAUUAAGUUUGAUAAUUGUUGCUAUACUGAAGAUGAUAGUUGUUGCUAUAUUUCAAUCUUUUACAUUUUAGUCAAAAUUAUUUCAGGAGAUAUUUCAUUGAUUUUAACAUGUAUCGUUGUUUUUGAAUUUAAGCUACAGACAAUAUGAAAAAGGCUCACAAAUAGUCUGGUCUCUCACCUGAAGCUCGGGAGCUUUACAUAUGGAUAUCCUUUUUUCUUUUUCGCAUGGGCAUGCGUAUAAAGGGAGGACACUUUCAGAAGUGCAUGUAUUCGUCACAAUUUUUGCCAGGAAAGACCGACUUUAGUCACACGGCAUAAUGGUCUUUCGUUAAAUAUUGGCUUUGCUAGAUAGGUUUUGGCUGUUUGUUCUAUUAGUCUUUGAAAUUAUCGGCGGCUUAUCUUCUGCUUGAACUUCAAACAUCGUACGAUUGGACAUCAACGAUAUAAAAGCGGCCCUUGCGUCAUCCACCCAUAACCAAAGUCGAAACCGUUGACAUAAUUGAUAACCCGGACUUAUUUGCGAAGAUAUCGAAAAUUCAGGGAUCUGCAAACGUUUUGCCAAUAACAGCCUGAAAGUCAAACAAGUUACUGUUCCGAACGAUGAAUUUCUUAACAUGACCUCGAGGAUAUUGAUUUUACACACGAUGAAAAAAAAUGUUUGGGGAAAAGUGUUUAUGUUCCCACUCCAUCAUUUUGACCAUUGAUGUAGACACAGAUUUUCGAAGAUAGUGUGAAUUUAACAGACUGUACUCGAAAAUUCAUGAACUUUGCUGACUGUUAUAUUUAGGCCUACUGGGGAUUAGGAUGGAGAU